AUGUCGCAAACCGUGGGAACAGGGCUAGACGCAGCCAAUUUUACCCAUUCACGACAUAAAGUGACAAAACCCUUCUCACACGCGCCCCACUGUUCCCCAAUUACUCUUUCAAAACGCGGCGCACGGCCCCGCGCACUUCCAAUUGACAUUGCACUCAGCAUCGCUGUGGCACCCAACAUAUUGAUAACUCUGACUGUAGCUCUUCGUCGUAUAGCACCACUCGGAUCCCUCAACGAGAGGGACUCCAGUGGCGCAUCCGGCCCAACAGUAUCCUUUGUAGCAGCCCCCGCGCGCCGGGCUGCAAAGCAAGCUGCAGGAGGCACGGCAUCCUGCCCACGCCCCGGAGUCGCCGUCCUGAUAGUUGGUAGGGUCAAACUGGCUACAUCCGAUAAGGCACUGCGAAAGUCCCUCGGGGCAGCUCUGUGCUGCCUGUGUGUCGCGACGGAACUUGGCGGAGUGUAG